ACAUAGAAAAACUGGUUUAGGUACUACUCCAAUGGUAUUCGUUACUGGUGCACCACAAGUAUUAAUGGCCUUAUGGUAGGUUUUAACUAGAUUCACUUUUUGCACGAUAUACAUACAUACAUAUGUAUGUAUAUGCAAAUAAAAUGUAUUGUAUUUCAUGCAUAUUGGCACUUUUAUCUUAACAUAUGUGCAUAUGCACCUACAUUAACUCGAAACAUGAAGCAUUGGAAUGAAGUUUUAUAUUCUUGUGUAAAUCAGUGCUGUAUGAAUAUAGCGGAACAUCACAUCGUUGUGACCACAUAGUGCAAAUCGCAAACACAAUUAAAUUUAUAAAUACAAAUACAUAUUUAUAUACAUAUGUACAUACAUGAAAAUAAUAUAAAUAAAAAAUUAUAUAAAAUAAUAUUCGGAAUGAUGAAAAAUCAGCUCUGGUAUACUCUCUUAAAGACAAUUGGUUAUAGUGGUAAAACGCUAAUGAUGACACCUAAAAAUGUGAUUCUCAUCACAGGCUGUGAUUCUGGAUUAGGACAUUCAUUAGCACUUUAUUGCUAUUCCUUGAAUAUGACUGUUAUAUCGGCUUGUCAUAAUGUAAAGUCUGAAGGUGCUCGCUUAUUAAGAAAUGAUAACGAUUCCCAACGCAUGUUCACCAUUGAAGUAGAUCUGCUCAAGGAGGACACCAUUACAUGUGCCUUCCAAUAUAUUAAAGACUUUUUACUCACUAAUACGGAAUACCAAUUCACAGCAUUAGUAAACAAUGCCGGCGUCAUGUGUUUCGGUGAAUUUGAAUGGCAAACUUCAGAGCAAUUUGAAAUGCAAAUCAAUGUAAAUGUGUUGGGUGCAAUGCGUCUCACCAAAAAACUAUUACCUUUGAUACGGCAGCAUCGCGCACGUAUAAUCAAUAUCACCAGUCAUUGCGGUCUGCAGGCACUUCCGGCGUUAAGCUCAUAUGCUGCUUCUAAAGCAGCUUUGCGUUUCUGGUGCGAUUCACUGCGCAUAGAAAUGCAACAAUAUGGCGUAGAUGUGAUCAACUUCGUUCCUGGAUCUUUUGUACAAUUUAGCAAUAUUUCGGCAAGACAACAAGAACACGCAAAGGUGAUGUUUGAUGCGUUUAAUGAUGAACAACGCCAACUUUAUAGUGCCUAUUUUAGGCAAUUUAACAACUAUCUGAAAGUAGUUUCGGGUUUUAAAUCUCCAAAUCAAUUUCACGACACCAUUUUGUUGGAUAAAUUUAAAGCUGCUUUAACAGAUAGCAUUCCCCAAGCGAUGUAUAUACAUGAGCCCUGGCGUUACAAGAUAUACCGGUUUCUUUUUCGGGUAUGUCCUACACCGAUAGUGGAUCUGUUAACUGUAAGAUUCUGUGCUUUGCCGACUUAUCAAAAUGUUCAGAAACCUUCUUUAGAGAAUAAAAAAUCAUGAUGUACAUA